AUGCUUAGCCGCAGAUGUGUUUUUCCUCUUAUCAUUCGCCCAUUGAAACUCUUGAAUGAUUCAAUAUUAGAGGACCUUGAAAAAAAUUUACACUCUAAUGAGCCUCUUUCUAAUUUAAAUGAUAUAAAUGAUAAGAAUUAUGUAAUAACUAAUGAUAGUAUAUUAUUGAAAUUUGAUGUUUCACAAUAUAAACCUGAUGAAUUAUCUGUUAAUUUUAUUGAUGGAGUUCUCGUUGUUGAAGGAAGCCAUGAAGAAAAGGAUGAUGCACAGGGAUUAGUUAAACGACAUUUUAUAAGAAAAUUUAAUUUACCAAAAUCUUUAAAGGCUGAAGAUAUUAAAAGUGAAUUGUCAAAAGAAGGAAUAAUGACUAUCGAAGGAAAAUGUCAUGUUGAAGAUGAUAAAAAUGUAAGAAACAUACACAUUAAUGUUGAAUAA